AUGAUGGAGGAUUCAGUGUCGAAAGUCGGUGAUCUCUAUGGCAGACCAACGUCAUGGGUUCAAUCGAUUCUACAACAGGAGGAUGACCAAUCAAAGAAUGUAUCGUCUGGAGCCUAUCAGCGCAUAGUGACGUCAUAUUUUGAGCCGAUUUCAUUGGAUGAGACGCCACCACUACCACCAAUCAAUAACUUGCACAGACGGGAGGAGUUUUUGAACAAUCAGACGAUAUAUCAUUCUGACGUUCAGUCUGUUGCCGCGGAAACAACGAGUUAUACUACAAACUGGAAUUCAGAUAUUGAAAGGAUCACAUUUGGUUGGAACACGGUUAACUAA